AUGGAGAACAAGAAGGGUGUAGCAUUAAUGCAGCUAUGUCUUCUUGGUUUAACUUUCAUGUUUUAUCAAUCACUAGGACUUGCACAAGAGGAGCAGAAUAGCCUGCAAACAUAUAUUGUUUGGGUUGAAAAGCCGGUCUCUCGGAAUAUCUUUUCCCAAUCUCAUGAAGGUUUAGAGAGCUGGUAUCAGUCAUUUUUGCCUGAAACGACUGUAAACUCAAACGAGCAGAAGAGUUCACGAAUUGUUCAUGCAUACUGCAAUGUGGGCACCGGUUUUGCAGCGAAACUGACACCUGAGGAAGUAAAAGCAAUGGAAAAGAAACAAGGGUUUGUCUCAGCUCGUCCGGAGAGAAUUCUGCCUCUGCAAACUACUCACACUCCUGACUUCUUGGGGUUGCACCAAGGAUACGGACUUUGGAAACAAACAAACUAUGGUGAAGGUGUGAUCAUUGGAGUUUUGGAUACUGGGAUUGGAGCGGGACAUCCUUCCUUUAGUGAUGAAGGAGUACCACCUCCUCCGGCUAGAUGGAAAGGAAAAUGCGAGUUCAAUGCUACAUUGUGCAAUAACAAGCUUAUUGGUGCAAAAAAUUUUGUAGGCUCAGGCAAAGGUAAUACCACAGACAGCCCUCCAGUUGAUAACCAUGGCCAUGGCACACACACGUCUAGUACCGCUGCAGGAAAUUUUGUGGCAGGUGCCAGCGUUUUUGGAGAGGCCAAUGGCACAGCAGUUGGCAUGGCACCUUAUGCUCACUUGGCAAUGUACAAAGUUUGUGCUGGGGGUGGUUGUGCUGACGGUGAUAUUUUAGCUGCUCUUGAUGCCGCUGUUGAAGAUGGCGUGGACGUGCUCUCCCUCUCCCUUGGUGGCGAAUCACUUCCUUUCUAUGAGGAUGUUAUUGCAAUUGGUGCAUUUGCAGCAAUUCAAAAGGGAAUAUUUUUCAGCUGUGCAGCUGGAAAUUCUGGUCCUUCCUAUAACUCUCUAUCAAAUGAGGCCCCAUGGAUUCUGACAGUUGGAGCAAGCACCACUGACAGAAUAUUAAAAUCAGAAGCGCAGAUUGGAGAUGAUAAAAACAACCAUUACGGCACUGUCAUCGGAGAUGCACUUGCUCCCAAAGUUGCUUCCUUUUCGUCUAGAGGACCAAGCUCUGCAAGCCCUGGAAUUCUGAAACCUGACAUCAUUGGACCCGGCGUUAGCAUCCUAGCAGCCUGGCCUGUUGCCGUGGACCAGACACAAUCUAAGGCAACGUUUAACAUAAUUUCGGGUACCUCAAUGUCAACUCCUCACCUGAGUGGCAUUGCAGCCUUGCUCAAGAGCUCACACCCUGACUGGUCUCCAGCUGCUAUUAAGUCUGCCAUCAUGACAACAGCCAACGUCCUAAACCUCGCAGGCAAGCCCAUUGUUGAUCAAAGGCUUGAGCCCGCGGACAUCUUUGCAACCGGUGCAGGCCAUGUUAACCCUUCAAAAGCUAAUGACCCGGGGCUUGUCUAUGACACACAACCAAAGGAUUACAUUCCCUACUUGUGUGGUUUGAAUUACACAGACCAACAGAUACAGCUCAUCACCAAACAAGCAGUGAUCUGCUCUCAAGUAGAAGCCAUACCAGAAGCACAGCUAAACUACCCUUCAUUUUCCAUUAAAAUAAGGUCCAAUGAGACUCAGUCUCAGUAUUAUACAAGGACAGUGAGGAACGUUGGCCCGGCUAGUUCAACUUACAACUUGGAUCUUCUUGUACCACAUAAAAUGGGGAUGAGUGUGAACCCUCAGAUGCUCACAUUCACAGAGGUAAACCAGGAGCUUACGUUCCAUGUGGAGUUUAUCGCAGAAGAUGGCGCUGGCAAGGAUGGAGUACCGAUUUCUCAGGGAUAUUUGAGAUGGUUUUCUGAUAAGUAUAAUGUUACUAGUCCAAUAGCUGUGGUCUUUGAAUCUACCUAGAGUUAAAAUUUGGCCUUGCAGAACCCUAUAUAAGCUCACUUUUUAUC